AUAUAUUGACAUAAACAUUAAAUCUGAUGAAAUAUUGAUUCUUUGUUUCUAAUAGUAAUUUUCUUUUGGGUUGUGCACAAUUUACACACAUUUCAAUCUAAAUUAAUCGUCCAAAGUUUGAUUAUUUGUUGUAACCUAUUAGAUUUUCUCAAUAAUCUGUAAAUUUUUUGUUAUUAUUUUCCACUAAUCACAUGAUUGUUGGACAAGUGAAUUUGAAGCCAAUGGACAGUUCAUUUCAAAGAAUUGGAGAAAUUUCUAGUACAACGGACUAUCAAUAUCUUUGUGUGUUAUUUCAAAAUUUGAUCAAAGAUGUUGAGUUUUAUCGUGAUCAACUAAAUUUGAAUGGAAAUUCAAUUGCUGCUAGGAGAGAAACUGAUUUUAUAAGAAAAAAGAUUGAAAUUGUCAAUGAAACUCUUUCCUCAUUAAAUUUCAUCAAAACUCAUUUAGAAGAAGCGGUCAAUGUGAUUGUUCCGAUCUCUUAUCCCUCUUCGCGUGGACCAUCAGAUGAAUACGCUGAUUUUGGUGUUUUGAGUUUAUUAACUGAGACGUUGAUUGGAAAAUUCAAAUCAUUUACUAGUCGAAAACUAAGAGAAUGUAUAACCCAAUUGGAUUCUUUGGAUUCUGGUCACAAAUCUCCUUAUGAUUUCUCAUCGAUAAUUAAUGAACUGUUGAAGUCUUUGGAAAACAAUUCAAAUCCUGAUUCUCAAAUCCAAUUAGAAUCAUUACUUAAACUUGCUCAAAGUGAAUUACAAUUUAUCAGGCAAUCAAAAGAUAUGAAUGAAGGACAAUUAACACUAAUCAAAAUCUAUUGUGAUAAACUUAAUCUUCUGGAUGAUGAAUUAUCAUCAAUUGACAAGGAAACGGAAAACAAACCAAAGCAAAAAGCAAAGAAAUUACGAGAUAUCGUUAAUGGAACUCGAUUAAUUAUCAAAGAAACGUUCGAAUUGAUUGUUGCUCUAAAAACAAUCGAUUGGAUCAACGAAAGUGACGACAUAUUUGUCAUGAUUAACGAGAAAGGGGUUUAUUCUUUUGAUGAUGUUAUCGAUUACAUGGAGAAGAUUAAAAAAGAUUGGAUUGAGUUCAAAACUGUUAAUGAAACGAGUAAAGUUUGUCGACUUGCAGCAUUAAGGAGAUUCAAUGUUUACAUCAAACAAAUGAAGAAAUUGUCAAUACUUAAAUCUGAAUUGGAAUCAGAUUGGAUCAUUUUAGGAAUAAAAAAUAUCACAAAUAGUUUCAAUCGAAUUGAAAAGUCUUCCUUGUGGAUUAGAAAAAGUGCUCAUUGGCUCACUUAUAAGAUUAUGCCCAAGCCAACGGUCAAUGUUCCUGAUGGAUUCAUCCGGGAUGAUCCUAUUUAUGAAGAAUUGAAUUCGAAUCUGCAUCAACAUGUUUUAAUUAUUUUAAUUCAUAUUAUAAGAUUUCAAUGAUGAUGAAUUACAUUCGAUAUCUUUAGACUUGGCUGAUCGUUUAUGUUUGGCAAAGAUCAAAAUUGCAAACGAUCGAGAUGCAUUAGAAUAUCGACUUUUCCGUUAUAAGCCAAAAAAACCUCAUAAAUUUCCCGAAUUACAGAAAAUACUGCAAAUUAAACAUAGCAAGAAAUAUUCUAAGACAUUCUACUAUUUCAAAGAAAAUUUAGAUGAAAUUCUCAAUGGAUUCAAUCGUAAAGUUACUAAUCGAGGACAAAUGAUGAUCAUGGAAAGUGGCAUGGAAAUGAUGAAAAGAUCAUGGAGAACAUUGAAGCUUUUUCGAUGAAGCCUAUCGGACAGGAGAAGAUUUUCUAAUGGAUUAUAUCGUUAAUCAAGCAUCGAAUGAGUUUUGUUAUGUUAUCGAAACUCUUGGCACUUUGUUGGACAAUUUUCGACCCAAUAGACGAACUCCUUUUAGCUUUAGCGCCGAUGGAAAAUUCACCAAACAAAUUAACGAGAUUGGACUUGGAAUGAAAAAAGAUUUCGAGAUGGAGAUUAACUCACAAAUAGAGAAAUUAAAAGCUUCGAUCAAAGAAAACGAAGAGAAUUUAGAAUCGACAAAAGAGGAAAAGAUACAAUUAAGAUACUUAACAUCGAUAGUCAAACGAAGUAAAUUGAUUCCAAUCAAAGAGAUCGAAUUGAGUGAAAAAGAUGAAAUUGAAAUAUUAAGAGAGAUAAUCGAAGAGUAUGAAUACACUUUGAUUCUUUAUGGACCAAUUAAUUGAUUUUGUAACCCGACAAUUUGAUACUAGAACAAAAUAUUCUCUAUUCUUAUAAUUUCCUUUAUGUAAUCAUGCCAAUCCGAAGGAGAUGAACAUAAAAUUAUCAAUUUUACAUUGAUUUAGUUGAAGAUUCUAAUGAAAAGCUAA